ACAAAGGGGAAAAAGAAAACUAAAAAUUGACAUACCAACAUCAUCACAAUAACCAGCAUAGUCGGUGAAAGAAGACAAUGAACCCCACAAUCUUCAAUUCAAUUCAAUACAGCCGACAAAUCACACCUCCUCUUCCUCUCCUCCUUUCAAUGCCACAAGAACACGCCAUGUUUGAUCCUGCCAAAAACCCAAGAUCAAGGUAUGACAGUUAUGGCAGUUAUGGUGUUCCAAACAGGGGAUUGGAAUUUGGGGCUGAAACAGAUGAGUCUGGAGAGUCUACACCUCCCUUGUGGAGGACAAGUCCAAACCAUCCCCUGCUUCGUCCGAAUCAGUAUCGAAACUUGUCGCCCGAGGCGAAGACUCAGGCGAUUGCGAGGGGUCAAGUGGAGUUAAUGGAGAUGGUGGGUCGGAUGCCAGAGUCAAGUUAUGAGCUUUCUCUGAAAGAUCUUGUUGAGCAUCCAUUGAGACAGGAUAAUUUUAUGGAAGAACAGAGGGUCAAUAUUGAUCAUGAAAUUAGUGCUCAGAGAAGAGAACAAGAGCUAUUGAGGAGGAGGAAGAAUAAUGGGAGGAGAUUGCCGAUCAUGAACAGAAAUGGAAGUGCUGAGAACAGAGGGUUUUUGUUAAAGAUGGGUUUUCCAGUUUCUAAUUGGGGGUCUAGUAAGAAGAAGACGAAUUUGAUUUUGAAUUCGAUGGAUUCGAAGGUUUUGCCGAAGCCAGCGGUGGCCGCAGAGAGAGGUGGGGAGGAGUGGUGGAAGAAGAGGCAUGUGGUGUCAGCAGGGGAGAGUGAAAGUGUUGGGCUGAGUAGUAAUAGUGGAAGCUCUAAAAGCAGUGGUAGCAGCAGUAGCCGAAGCAGCAGCAGCAGAAGCAGAAGCAGAAGCGGCAGCAGAGCAAAGAACACUGAUAUGUUUGGUGACGCCUUGGACGCCAGUGGCCCGCAUAGCGGAACCGUUGAUCCCAACGCCUUAACAAACAAGCGGCUUAAAGGGCAUAAGGGUGGCGGUUGUUGGGCUCUUCUCUGCACCAAACGAGGCAAGAUGGUAGAUUAGACAAGUUGUGAGACUUCUCAAGUGAGGGCGUCCAUAACAUAUAAGUUAUGGUCGCUCGCUUAAUGACAUAUCUGAAAAGUGAACAACAAUGGGGCUCACUGUCUCAGGCCUCACUGCUACAAACAAAACAAGACAAAAGACCAGCGUCCGUAAUAUAAAUUAGAGAUGUCCAUAUAAGAGCAAGUCUCUAUAUAUAUAUAUAUUAUAUAUAUAAAUGUUCUUGUAAUUUGAUACUCCUACCUUGUUUCAACAUAUACUAGUAGGAUAUAAUGUAUAUGUUUUUUUUUUUUUAACUGUUGUUGAAUAAUCUUUCAUUUCAUGAUCAUUCAUUUUGUUCUUCAUCCUUGCAUUUGG